AUGUUUUCCAUUUGUAAACAGAGCCAUCCCGCUACUGGCGUUGAACACUCUAUUGCUUGCUAUUUUUUCAAUAAAGUUGAAAAAUGUCUGGUUACAGCAGGAGCCAACAUCCUCAAAGUUUUCAGACUCAUUCCAGAUGUGGAUAAUAAAAGUCGAACCGAACGAUAUUCCGAGUUCUAUCCACCAAAAUCAAAACUAGAAUGCAUAGCCCAGUAUACACUCUUUGGAAAUAUAAUGUCUAUACAGAGAGUUACAUUCACAAAUACCCAAAGAGAUGCCAUACUUCUUGCAUUUGCUGAUUCAAAGUUGUCUGUUGUGGAAUAUGACCCAGAAAAUCAUGAUUUGAGAACUUUGAGUUUGCAUUAUUUUGAAGAGGAUGAUAUGAAGGAUGGAUGGACUCAUCAUCACCAUGUACCAAUAGUUAGAGUUGAUCCAGAAAAUAGAUGUGCAGUAAUGACAGUUUUUGGAAGAAAACUAGUUGUACUACCAUUCAGGCGUGAUACUUCAAUAGAUGAUAAUGAAGGAGACAUAAAGCCUAUGUCUAGUGGAACAGGUGCCAACAGGGCACCUAUUCUAGCAUCAUAUAUGAUAGUGCUGAAAGACUUUAUUGACAAAAUUGAUAAUGUCAUAGACAUACAAUUUCUGCAUGGAUACUAUGAACCAACUCUUUUGAUCCUUUAUGAACCUCUAAAAACUUUUUCUGGUCGAGUUGCUGUAAGGACAGAUACUUGUGCCAUGGCUGCUAUAUCACUGAACUUGCAGCAAAAAGUUCAUCCAGUUAUUUGGAGUGUUUCAAACCUACCAUUUGACUGUGUAAAGGCAGUACCAAUCAAAAAACCAAUAGGUGGUACUUUAAUCAUGUCCAUCAAUGCUCUUAUUUAUCUCAACCAAAGUGUUCCACCAUAUGGAGUAUCAUUGAAUAGUAUUGCUGAAUCUUCUUCAAGUUUCCCACUAAAGCCACAAGAUGAUAUCAAAAUUACUUUGGAUUGUGUCCAAGUUGAAUUUUUGGAAGAGGACACACUUGUAUUGUCCCUUAAAGGUGGUGAACUUUAUGUUCUGACACUUUUAGCAGAUAGCAUGAGGUACAUAAGGAGUUUUCAUUUUGAAAAGGCUGCUGCUAGUGUUUUGACAACUUGUAUUUGCGUGUGCGAGAACAACUUCCUCUUCUUGGGCUCGCGACUCGGCAACUCGCUGCUCUUGCGCUUCACCGAAAAGGCCAACGAAGUGAUCACCCUCGACGACAACGACGAACCGACGGCCAAAAGAUCGAGGUCGGAAUUGGACGAGCAAGGCGACAAAAUACUAGACAGCCUCAACGACUGCAUGGCCAGCGACGUCAUGGAUAUAAGAGACCCCGAGGAGCUCGAGGUGUACGGAAACCAGAGGCAGACUGACAGCAUACAGAUAACCAGCUAUGUGUUCGAGGUGUGCGAUAGCUUGUUGAAUAUCGGCCCUUGCGGCAACGUUUCUAUCGGCGAGCCGGCCUUCCUCAGCGAGGAGUUCAACAGCGCCAUCGAUUUGGAUCUGGAGAUGGUGACCACUUCGGGGUAUGGUAAGAAUGGGGCGCUUUGCGUUCUUCAGAGGACCAUCAGGCCUCAGAUCGUGACGACUUUCACUCUGCCUGGCUGCUCGAAUAUGUGGACGGUCAGGAGUGGGGAGGAUAAGCAUGCCUUUUUGAUAUUGAGCCAGGAAGAUGGGACGAUGGUCCUCCAAACCGGCCACGAGAUCAACGAGAUCGACAACACGGGCUUCGCCACGCACGGUCCCACCGUCUACGCCGGCAAUCUGGGCAACGGCAAGUACGUCGUGCAGGUGACCACGGUGGCGGUGCGGUUGCUGCAGGGCGCUGCGCAGCUGCAGCACGUGCCGAUGGAUCUCGGCUCGCCGCUGGUGCACGUGUCGAGCGCCGAUCCGUACGUGUCGUUGAUGACGGCCGACGGGCAGGUGAUCACGCUGAUGUUGCGAGAGGCGCGGGGGAGCGCCAAGCUGGUAGUGAGCAAGUCGACGCUAGCCAACAAUCCUCCUAUAUCCACCAUAUGCAUGUACAAAGACACCUCCGGACUCUUCACCAACAAGAUCCCCGAGGAGUUCACCCAAGUGCCCCAGCACAUCAUCACCGAAGACAUGAAGCCCGAAAUGGAGAACGAAGACGAUCUCCUAUACGGCGACGGCGAUUUCAAGAUGCCCUCUCUGAAUCCCCCUGCCCCCAAACCGAAGGUCUACUACAAUUGGUGGAAGAAGUAUCUGACGCCGAACAGGCCGACCUACUGGCUGUUCGUCGUCAGGGAUAACAGCAACUUGGAGAUUUAUUCCAUUCCAGAUUUCAAGCUCAGCUUCUACGUGAACAACCUCUGUUUUGGAUACAAGGUACUGGUCGACAGUCUAGAAUCGGUAACCCUGAACCCUGCCAAUCCUGCCAACGAGUCACAAAUCCAAGAGCAGCACCAGGUCAAAGAAAUCCUCAUGGUGGGUCUGGGCAAUAACGGCUCCAGGCCCAUUCUCCUCGUGAGGAUGGAUCGAGACCUGUACGCUUACGAGGUAUUCAGAUUUCCGCGCGGCAACCUCAAACUCAGGUUCAAGAAGAUCAAGCACAACAUCAUGUAUUCUCCGAAUGUGGAAGGAAGGAUUGAGACGGAGAAUUCUGAUUUCUUUGCUUUGCAAGAAAGGAUCCUCAAGUUGAGAUACUUCGAUAAUAUUUCAGGGUAUAACGGAGUGUUCAUUUGUGGUGCCAACCCCCAGUGGCUGUUUCUAACAAUUAGAGGAGAACUCAGAUCCCAUGCCAUGGUGAUAGAUGGAGAAGUCAUCAGUUUCGCUCCGUUCAACAACGUGAAUUGUCCUCAGGGAUUCCUAUAUUUCAAUAAAAAGUCUGAGUUGAGGAUCGGUGUUCUACCAACUCACCUGAGUUAUGAUGCAGCUUGGCCAGUAAGAAAAGUCCCUCUAAGGUGUACUCCUCACUUUGUAACCUACCAUUUGGAAUCUAAAACUUACUGUCUCGUCACUAGUUUAGCUGAACCUUCUAUUCAGUAUUACAAAUUCAACGGGGAAGACAAAGAACUUUCCAUCGAAGAUAAAGGAGACAGGUUCCCAUACCCCCCACAAGAACUAUUCAGCUUGUGUUUAUUCUCGCCUGUUUCAUGGGAUAUCAUUCCCAAUACCAAGUUGGACUUGGACGAAUGGGAGCACGUAAAUUGCUUGAAAAACGUAUCUUUGGCCUAUGAAGGUACUAGAUCUGGACUUAAAGGUUACAUUGCUGUCGGUACGAAUUACAAUUAUGGUGAAGAUAUAACAUCGAGAGGAAGGAUUUUGAUUUAUGAUAUUAUUGAAGUAGUUCCUGAGCCAGGUCAACCUUUGACUAAGAACAAAUUCAAAGAAAUCUAUGCCAAGGAUCAGAAAGGACCUGUUACAGCACUUUCUCAAGUCAAAGGAUUUUUGGUGUCAGCAGUGGGACAAAAAAUAUACAUUUGGCAGUUGAAGGACAACGACUUGAUAGGAGUUGCAUUCAUUGACACACAAGUUUAUACACACCAGAUAAUGGUCAUAAAGAGUUUGCUAUUGAUAGCCGAUGUGUAUAAAUCUAUCGCAUUGUUGAGGUUUCAAGAAGAGUGUAGAACUCUGUCUCUAGUAUCUAGGGAUUUCAAGCCAUGUGAAGUAUAUUCGAUUGAGUAUAUGGUAGAUAACGCCACUGUAGGAUUUUUGGUGUCAGACAGGGAGAAAAAUUUGGUUUUGUACAUGUAUCAACCAGAAGCUAGAGAAUCUUUAGGAGGACAAAGGCUGUUGAGAAAGGCAGAUUUUCAUCUUGGACAGGCUGUGAACACAUUCUUCAAAAUAAGGUGCAAAUUAGGGGAGUUGGGUGAAGACAAAAAGCAUUUUUCUGGUGCUGAUAGGAAGUUUAUAACAAUGUUUGCUACACUUGAUGGAGGGUUAGGAUAUAUUAUGCCAAUACAAGAAAAAACCUACAGGAGGCUACUCAUGUUGCAAAAUGUGCUGGUAUCUCAGGGGGCUCACAUAGCCGGUUUGAAUCCAAAAGCUUUCAGGACAUAUAAGUGUUGGAGAAACUUGCAGUAUAACCCUUGCAGGUCUGUCAUUGAUGGUGACCUUGUAUGGAAUUUUUUGCAUCUUUCUAUAACAGAAAAAAUCGAGGUUUCUAAAAAAAUUGGAACAAAAAUUGAGGAACUUGUGGACGAUCUCACAGAUAUUCACCGACUUACGAACCACUUUUGAAUUGUGAU